GCUGGCAUGGGAUUCCUUAACUUAGUUCAUUUAAUAGGGAGGAAAACCUUUUUUUAGAUGAAUAGGGAAGCAAAACUUGGUACUUAACGGUGAGGAAUAGACAACUUCUUCAUCUGUUAGCUUGCAUGCAUAAGACAUGAAAUAGUUUUCAUGCUUCAGUGAAUAAAAAUCAAUGUGAAAAAUAAAAAACUCAAGUUACAGAAUGUGACAAAUCGAGGAGAUAUUUUUAAUUAUAAAGCAAGUUGUGCCUUGACGAUGUGAUGGAAUUAAGUACCACGUUUGCAGAAACAUUCGGAUGAAACUUAUUCUGGAAACUGAAAGGAGGGGGCCAAGUGCUUUAAUGCAACAGGUCCAUGGAAAAAAUAGUGACUUCUUCUGAAAAUUAUAUCGUGAGCUUCAACUGGUGGCGAGGACUUCGGAGUCAAUGGCAAGAGAAAUGAUGAAGUGUACCCCCCAAACCUCCUAACUUGUUGUUCCAGACUUCCAAUUUGCAUCUGGCGGAGACUGUAAACAACCAAACCAUGCCGAUCGGAGAAGCUCUUCUGUCUGCCUUCAUGCAGGCACUCUUGGAGAAAGUGAUUGGUGCCGCUUUUGGUGAGUUGAAAUUACCUCAAGAUGUAGCUGAGGAGCUGGAGAAACUAUCCAGCAGUCUGUCGAUCAUUCAAGCUCAUGUUGAAGAUGCUGAGGAGAGACAACUGAAGGAUAAGGCGGCACGAAGCUGGCUUGCCAAGCUCAAGGAUGUCGCAUACGAGAUGGACGACUUGCUUGAUGAUUAUGCAGCUGAGGCCCUCCGAUCCAGACUAGAAGGCCCAUCCAACUACAACCACUUGAAGAAGGUUAGGAGCUGUGCAUGCUGCUUUUGGUUCAACAGUUGUUUACUUAACCACAAGAUAUUGCAAGAUAUCAGGAAGGUCGAGGAGAAGCUCGAUAGGCUUGUCAAAGAAAGACAGAUUAUUGGCCCAAACAUGACCAGUGGGAUGGACAGGAAAGGGAUAAAAGAGAGGCCAGGGACCAGUUCAAUAAUCGAUGACUCAAGCGUGUUCGGAAGAGAAGAAGACAAAGAGAUCAUUGUGAAGAUGUUGCUCGAUCAAGAAAACUCCAACCAUGCCAAGCUUUCUAUUCUUCCCAUAGUUGGUAUGGGGGGCCUAGGGAAGACGACUCUAACACAGCUUGUCUACAAUGAUGCAAGAAUAAAGGAGCAUUUCCAGUUAAGGGUUUGGCUGUGUGUUUCUGAAAAUUUUGAUGAGAUGAAGCUUACCAAGGAAACAAUUGAAUCAGUUGCCAGUGGGUUUGAAUCAGUCACCAGUGGGUUUUCAUCGGUCACAACCAAUAUGAACUUGCUUCAAGAAGACCUCUCAAAUAAGCUGAAAGGUAAAAGGUUUCUUCUAGUACUUGAUGAUGUAUGGAAUGAGGACCCUGAAAAGUGGGAUACAUAUCGACGUGCUCUACUUACUGGGGCAAAGGGGAGCAGGAUCAUAGUAACCACAAGGAACAAAAAUGUGGGGAAACUAAUGGGCGGUAUGACUCCAUACUAUCUAAAUCAGUUAUCUGACAGUGACUGCUGGUAUUUGUUCAGGAGCUAUGCCUUUAUAGAUGGUAACUCCAGUGCACACCCAAAUUUGGAAAUAAUAGGCAUGGAAAUUGUGAAGAAAUUGAAAGGCCUGCCACUGGCAGCAAAGGCAAUAGGCAGCUUACUAUGUUCCCAGGAUACAGAGGAAGAUUGGAGAAAUGUAUCAAGGAGUGAAAUAUGGGAACUGCCAACGGAUAAGAACAAUAUAUUACCAGCCCUGAGACUCAGUUACAAUCAUUUACCUGCAAUACUGAAGAGAUGUUUUGCGUUUUGCUCAGUAUUCCACAAAGAUUAUGUGUUUGAGAAAGGCAUGUUGGUCCAGAUCUGGAUGGCCCUUGGGUUCAUCCAGCCUCAACGGAAGAAAAGAAUGGAAGAUAUUGGAAGCAGCUAUUUCGAUGAAUUACUAAGCAGAUCCUUCUUCCAACAUCACAAAGGUGGAUAUGUGAUGCAUGACGCUAUGCAUGACCUAGCACAAUCGGUCUCAAUCAAUGAAUGUCUAAGACUAGAUGACCCUCCGAACACCAGCAGCCCUGCAGGAGGUGCUAGGCACCUCUCAUUCUCGUGUGACAAUAGAAGCCAGACUUCACUUGAACCCUUUCUUGGAUUUAAGAGAGCACGAACACUUUUACUGCUACGUGGAUAUAAAUCGAUAACAGGGUCUAUCCCCAGUGAUCUGUUCCUCCAAUUAAGGUACCUUCAUGUGCUCGAUUUGAACCGACGAGACAUUACUGAGUUGCCAGAUUCUAUUGGAAGCUUGAAAAUGCUUCGAUAUUUGAAUCUAUCAGGAACUGGUAUAGCAAGGUUGCCUUCAUCAAUUGGUAGGCUCUUCAGCUUGCAAAUACUUAAGUUGCAAAACUGCCAUGAAUUGGAUUACCUCCCAGCAAGCAUAACCAAUCUUAUAAAUCUUCGAUGCCUAGAAGCAAGAACAGAGUUGAUCACAGGUAUAGCCAGAAUAGGGAAAUUAAUUUGUCUUCAACAGUUGGAGGAAUUUGUGGUCCGUACGGACAAAGGAUACAAGAUCAGUGAAUUGAAGGCAAUGAAGGGGAUCAGAGGGCAUAUUUGUAUUAGGAAUAUUGAAAGUGUAGCUAGUGCAGAUGAGGCGAGUGAAGCUUUGCUAAGUGAUAAGGCAUUCAUCAAUACUCUAGACCUCGUAUGGUCCAGUAGCAGGAACUUAACAUCAGAAGAAGCAAAUCAAGAUAAAGAGAUACUUGAAGUUCUUCAGCCACAUCAUGAACUAAACGAGCUAACAAUCAAGGCAUUUGCAGGCUCCUCUUUACUGAAUUGGUUAAAUAGUCUUCCUCACUUGCAUACUAUCCACCUGUCUGAUUGCAUAAAAUGUUCGAUUCUACCAGCACUGGGAGAGCUACCUCAACUUAAGUAUUUAGACAUUGGAGGUUUUCCGUCCAUUAUUGAAAUCAGCGAAGAGUUUUCAGGUACCAGUAAAGUUAAGGGGUUUCCAUCACUGAAGGAACUCGUAUUUGAAGACAUGUCCAAUCUCAAAAGGUGGACUUCCAUACAAGGUGGUAAGUUUCUUCCGUCCCUUGCAGAACUUGCAAUGAUUGAUUGCCCACAAGUAACAGAACUCCCACCCCUUCCAUCAACACUGGUGAAGCUCAAGAUUUCUGAAGCAGGGUUCUCUAUUCUUCCAGAAAUCCAUAUUCCAAACUCUCAGUUUUCGUCGUCGUUAGCAUGCUUACAGAUUCAUCAGUGCCCAAAUCUGACAUCCUUACAGGAUGGACUGCUCAGCCAACAAUUAAUGUCUCUCGAGCAAUUAACCAUCACUCAAUGUUCAGACCUAAUUCACCUGCCAGUUGAAGGAUUCAGAUCGCUAACUAAACUUAAGAGUCUUCACAUCUAUGAUUGUCCAAGGUUGGCACCGUCAGGACAGCAUAGCUUGCUGCCCUCCAUGCUUGAAGACUUGCGCAUCAGCUCAUGCUCCGAUCUUAUUAACUCCCUUCUUCAAGAGCUUAAUGAUCUCUCCUUGCUGAGAAAUCUUGCCACUUCUGAUUGUGCCAGCCUUCACUCUUUUCCAGUAAAGCUCCCUGCCACUCUGCAAAAAUUGGAGAUCCUACAUUGCAGUAAUCUGGGAUACUUGCCUGAUGGUCUCGAAGAAAUUCCGCGUCUAACAAGUAUGACCAUCUUGAAAUGUCCUCUCAUACCAUGCUUGCCAGCGCGUCUUCCAAAAUCAUUGAAAGAAUUGUACAUCAAAGAAUGCCCUUUUCUGACAGAGAGUUGCCAAGAAAACAGUGGAAAAGAUUGGUGUAAAAUUGCACAUGUACCAAUCAUUGAGAUUGAUGAUGAUACCACUCUGCCCAACAGGAGCAUAAGAAGAAGAUUAUCAUGAAUGUUUCACAGCAGUACAACACAAAUGAUUACCUUGUCUGGAUUCUGAAUACAAUUUAAAGAAGUACACUUCACAGUUUACAUCCCUCCUACCAUCAGAUGACCAAUCUAACGUGCAAACUUCAAAGGACUGGAAAACUUAACCAGUACUUUUGAAGAAAGAAAUCAGGUAGUUUCAGCAGAGGAAGUGAAAAAAAAAAAGAACCCAACCAACCAGGCACCAGCACCAGUGGCAUUGUUUUAAAGAAGAACGACCAAGACAGUCACUCUGUGGCUAGAAGAAGUGAAGAAAACAGUAAUUCGGAUAGUUACAUCUGUCAUUUCAUUAAUUUAGACGAAAUGAUUGUGUAUUUGUGUAACUGCAUAAUCUUCCAAAAUAAAUGUAAUUCCAUGAUUUUGAGAAAGCUUUGUUCCUUUUUUUU